UCUGCAAUUACUCUUCGCUGCCACAUUUUCCUCUAUCUGUUCCCCACUUCCCUCCUUCAAUGCCUUUGUCCCUUUCUCUUCUCUUCUUCUUCCUCUCCUCUCUGUAAACACCACUUUCUUACCAUUUCACCAACUUCACUCACCCUAUCCCUUUUUCAUCACCUUUCUAGUCCCAAUACAGAUCUAGCUACACCUUCAUCUCCAACUACUAUUAUCACUCACUCUCACUCGUAAGUUUUAAAUCCAAUAUCUUUCAAAACUUGCUUCCAUUCUUUCAUCAUAUUCCUUCGGUUCUCUAACUCUAAGAUCACUUUUUUUUUCCCGAAGUGAAAGCUGCUUAGUACAUUUUCCCUUUUUCAUGUUUUUAGUGAGUUGGUUCAUCACCACUUGCUAGGGCUUGUUGGGUGUGAAAGGGAACGUGAUUAGGUUUGCAAGAAAAAGAUAUACUGAAAUAUUGGAAGCGUUGUAGGAAUCUCCGAGAUCUUCUGACACACUGACUUCGCUUUGACACUGCCAGCUCACAGAAUCCACAAGCUCGGCCUCUUUAAGUUCGUUUUCUCUAUCCAAGAACGUUGCGGGGUAGAAGAAAGAGAGAGAGGUACGAUUCUAUGUGUACUAGUCGGUGGUGGUUUUAUGGUAUGUAAAAUAUGCUAGCCGGUGUUAUUAUUCCGGCGAGAAACAUGCCAUCCAUGAUUACAAGGAUCAACAACGGUGGUGGGUUUGGAUCAUCUUCAGCUCUCACUCUUGGCCAGCCAAACCUAAUGGAAGCUGGUCAGCUCCAUCCACUGGAGAUGGGUCAGAACACUUCGGAGAGUGAUGUUCCUCGAAUCCGUGAAGAUGAGUUCGAUAGUGCUACAAAGUCUGGUAGUGAAAACCAUGAAGGUGCUUCUGGUGAAGACCAAGAUCCUCGUCCCAAAAAGAAGCGUUAUCACCGCCACACUCAACACCAGAUCCAGGAAAUGGAAGCUUUCUUCAAGGAGUGUCCACACCCAGAUGACAAGCAAAGGAAGGAACUAAGUAGAGAGUUAGGGUUAGAACCAUUGCAGGUUAAGUUUUGGUUCCAGAACAAGCGCACUCAAAUGAAGACUCAACAUGAGCGCCAUGAGAACACACAGCUUAGAGCUGAAAAUGAGAAGCUUCGUGCAGAUAACAUGAGGUAUAGGGAAGCUCUUAGCAAUGCCUCGUGUCCUAAUUGUGGUGGACCAACCGCUAUAGGAGAAAUGUCAUUCGAUGAACAUCACUUGAGGCUUGAAAAUGCAAGGCUAAGAGAAGAGAUUGAUCGGAUUUCAGCAAUUGCUGCCAAGUAUGUAGGGAAGCCAGUGGUGAACUAUUCAAAUAUUUCCCCUUCUCUCCCUCCUCGUCCACUAGAACUUGGAGUUGGUGCUGGUUUUGGUGGCCAGCCAGGGAUUGGUGUGGACAUGUAUGGAGCUGGAGAUCUUCUGAGGUCAAUUAGUGGACCCACCGAAGCUGAUAAACCAAUAAUAAUAGAGCUAGCUGUUGCAGCUAUGGAGGAGCUCAUUGGAAUGGCACAAAUGGGUGAGCCUCUUUGGUUAACUACCCUUGAUGGCACUGCCACUAUGCUAAAUGAGGAUGAAUACAUCAGGUCCUUUCCCCGAGGAAUUGGCCCAAAACCUACUGGCUUCAAAUGUGAAGCUUCAAGAGAAACCGCUGUUGUUAUCAUGAACCAUGUCAACCUUGUUGAGAUUCUCAUGGAUGUGAACCAAUGGUCCACAGUUUUCUCUGGCAUAGUCUCAAGAGCCAUGACUCUAGAAGUGCUAUCAACAGGGGUGGCCGGGAACUACAAUGGUGCCUUACAAGUGAUGACAGCAGAAUUACAACUUCCUACACCUCUUGUGCCAACUCGUGAGAGUUAUUUUGUGAGGUAUUGUAAACAACAUGCCGAUGGGACUUGGGCUGUUGUGGAUGUGUCUUUGGAUAAUUUGCGCCCAAGUCCUUCAGCGAGAUGUAGAAGAAGACCUUCUGGUUGCUUAAUUCAAGAAAUGCCAAAUGGAUAUUCAAAGGUCACAUGGGUUGAGCAUGUGGAAGUGGAUGAUAGAGGAGUUCAUAGUCUUUACAAGCAGCUUGUUAGCUCUGGACAUGCAUUUGGCGCAAAACGUUGGGUUGCAACCUUAGAUCGACAGUGUGAAAGGCUUGCUAGCGCCAUGGCAACAAACAUUCCCACCGUAGAUGUUGGCGUGAUAACAAACCAAGAAGGGAGGAAGAGUAUGAUGAAACUGGCUGAAAGAAUGGUAAUAAGCUUUUGUGCUGGAGUGAGUGCUUCCACUGCUCACACAUGGACUACACUCUCUGGGACCGGAGCCGAUGAUGUAAGAGUGAUGACUCGAAAGAGUGUAGAUGACCCUGGAAGACCCCCUGGCAUCGUUCUCAGUGCUGCCACUUCUUUUUGGCUACCAGUUCCACCCAAAAGGGUUUUUGACUUUCUCCGUGACGAGAACUCUAGAAAUGAGUGGGAUAUUCUUUCCAAUGGUGGAGUUGUCCAAGAAAUGGCACACAUUGCAAAUGGCCGUGAUACUGGAAACUGUGUGUCUCUACUUCGAGUAAAUAGUGCCAAUUCAAGCCAGAGCAACAUGUUGAUUUUACAAGAGAGUUGCACCGAUUCGACGGGCUCUUUUGUGAUUUAUGCUCCAGUAGAUAUUGUGGCCAUGAAUGUAGUUCUAAAUGGAGGAGACCCAGAUUAUGUUGCCCUUCUUCCUUCAGGGUUUGCUAUUCUCCCAGAUGGGACAACAGUGCAUGGAAGUGGCAUUGGUGAAACUGCGCCUGGUGGAUCUCUUUUAACUGUUGCAUUUCAAAUAUUGGUUGAUUCAGUUCCAACUGCUAAGCUUUCUCUUGGAUCUGUUGCUACUGUUAAUAAUCUUAUUGCCUGCACUGUUGAGAGAAUCAAGGCUUCCUUAUCUGGUGAAUCAGCUUGAACUUCAAAAGACUAAUGGAUUGGGUGGUUAAAAGAAGGAUAAAAGGGAUGCAUUGCAUUAUGGAAAGUGAAAAGGUAGUGAGCAAGCAACUUCGGCUUAUAUUACAAAGAUGGGAGAAGUCAAGAGCGCACCUUGCAUGAUCCCUUCUCAGCACCCCAAUAGUGUUCUGAGAGGAUUAAGGUUCGGGAAUUGACUUCCCUAGAUAUAGUAAACGUUAAGAGCUCAUAUAUUAAGACCUUGCAACCCUUAAAUUUACCAUUAAUCUCAGACUAAAAAUAUAAAUAUAUAGCUAGGAUUAACCUUUUGGGUGACUGGGGUUUAGCUUUAAUGUGUAAACUCUUAUUUUCCUUCUUCAAUUGUGAUUUGUGUGAUUUAGAAGUAGCACCGGCACUAGUUGGUGGGAAGUUUGCAUCUA